GCUGCGCCAGGCGCCCCCACCGGCGCCUCCUCCGCUGGGCGACAUGGGCUUCCUCCUCUCGAAACCCGUGAGCGACAGCCUCAAGGCUCAGCAGGAGUUUAUGCUCAUGAACUCGCGGCUGCAGCUUGAAAGACAAUUACUGAUGCAAAAUCAGAUGAGAGAGAGACAAGCAGCCAUGCAGAUUGCUUGGACACGGGAAUUUCUGAAAUACUUUGGAACUUUUUUUGGACUUGCUGCUGUAGGUUUAACAACUGGAGCGAUAAAAAAGAACAACCCAGUAGUUCUACUGCCAAUAGUUCCUUUAAGUUUUAUAUUUGCCUAUCAAUAUGAUAUGGGCUAUGGGACAAUGUUGCAAAGGAUAAAAGGUGAAGCAGAGAACAUACUAGAGACCCAGAGCGCUUUGCUAGAACUGCCGAAAGGACAGCUUACUUAUGAAGACCUGGAAAAAAUCAGAAGAGCUCAGAGCAAGAUCUACAUUGAAAAAUAGGAGAUGAGAAACACUGAAUUCCCACUGUCUAACAAGAGCCUGAAAAUAACCUUCAACUGUAGCAAAAGUGUAUGGUACUGAGAUGCAAGCUUUCUGUAAUCAAUAAAAGUAAGUUAAUUACUGGUUACAAAUUUGUACAAAUCUAGCCAUGAUAUUCAAAUAUAUUAGUACAUCCAUAGCACAAUUUGAAGUCAUAAAUAGAAAACUUCUUUGAAAAACAAGACAUUUUUAGUUGCUGUUCUUUUGGCAGGAAACUGACUGUCUCUGCUUCAAAUUCUGGAAUAAACAGCUUUUAUCAAGGAAGUUCAGAAAUAAAUACGUCACUUGCUAACUGUGUGUUUUACUCUUAGGGAAAAAAAAUGUAUUAAAUUUGAAAGAGAGAUAAUUUCUUAAAAAGAGAAAACAAAUUAUGUAGCUAUUUCCUGAACCUUUUUAUGCUUGUUUGACAUUCUGAAACUCAGGAUAAUUUGUUUACACAAAAUCAGAGUUUCACCAGUAAGAUGAAUAUUAACUUCGGCCAGCAGUAGGCAAAAUCAUUAAUGUAUGUUUUGUAAUGGCUAGAUCCAAGGGGCCUUACAAGUACUGGAAAACUGAGGGAUUAUUUACAUGCUUUUAAUGUAGCAUGGUAUAUACUGAGAAUAUAAUUUUUGUAUAGUUUAGUGUUCUGGCACUGUAUUA